GAAAUUCGGAGGGUCAGAUCUCGGAUUUGGACUGUCUAUAUAAACCCCCACAUCCCUCUCUGUUUGGAGCCAAACAGUUACGACACCUUCUUCUACUUCUUCUUCUCUCUCUGCCUCUGGUUCACACGGGAGAAACUAAAGGAAGCUAGAGCAGGUUCUAUUAUAAAAGCAAAAUGGUAAAGAUAUGUUGCAUUGGAGCUGGAUAUGUCGGAGGACCUACUAUGGCAAUCAUUGCAUACAAGUGCCCUGACAUCGAAGUAGUUGUUGUUGAUAUCUCUCUUCCUCGGAUCGCGGCAUGGAACAGUGAGCAGCUCCCCAUCUAUGAACCAGGUCUGGAUGGUGUUGUUAAGCAGUGCCGUGGCAAGAACCUCUUUUUUAGCACUGAUGUGGAGAAACAUGUCUGUGAGGCAGAUAUAGUGUUUGUUUCUGUGAACACCCCAACCAAAACCCGUGGUCUUGGAGCAGGCAAGGCUGCAGAUCUAACAUAUUGGGAGAGUGCAGCGCGCAUGAUUGCAGAUGUGUCAAAAUCUAGCAAAAUUGUGGUUGAGAAAUCAACAGUACCUGUCAAAACGGCAGAGGCAAUUGAAAAGAUUCUGACUCACAACAGCAAGGGCAUCAAGUUUCAGAUUCUCUCAAACCCAGAGUUCCUUGCCGAGGGAACUGCCAUCCAAGAUCUGCUUAACCCUGAUCGGGUUCUUAUUGGAGGCAGGGAAACCCCAGAAGGCCAAGAAGCUAUCAAAGCAUUGAAGGAUGUCUAUGCUCAUUGGGUCCCUGAAGAGCAGAUUCUGACAACCAAUCUGUGGUCUGCUGAGCUUUCCAAGCUAGCUGCCAAUGCCUUCUUGGCCCAGAGAAUUUCCUCUGUUAAUGCCAUGUCCGCACUCUGUGAGGCAACUGGUGCUGAUGUUACCCAGGUUGCUUAUGCUGUCGGUAAGGAUUCGAGGAUUGGUCCCAAGUUCUUGAAUGCUAGUGUUGGAUUUGGUGGGUCAUGCUUCCAGAAGGACAUCUUGAAUCUGGUCUACAUCUGCGAAUGCAAUGGUCUUCCCGAGGUAGCAGAAUACUGGAAACAAGUCAUCAGGAUCAACGAUUAUCAGAAGAACCGAUUUGUGAACCGCAUGGUCUCCUCUAUGUUUAACACAAUUUCAAAUAAGAAGAUUGCAAUUCUGGGAUUUGCCUUCAAGAAGGAUACUGGAGACACUAGGGAGACGCCUGCCAUUGAUGUGUGCAAGGGUCUGUUGGGAGACAAGGCUAGGUUAAGCAUAUACGAUCCACAAGUCACUGAGGACCAGAUCCAGAGGGACCUUUCAAUGAAGAAGUUUGAUUGGGAUCAUCCCCUUCACCUGCAGCCCAUGAGUCCCACCACAGUGAAACAAGUGGCCGUGGUUUGGGAUGCCUAUGAAGCAACCAAAGAUGCCCAUGGACUUUGCAUUCUUACCGAGUGGGAUGAGUUCAAGACUCUUGAUUACAAGCGCAUCUACGACAACAUGCAGAAACCUGCUUUUGUGUUUGAUGGCAGGAACGUCGUGAACGGGGAUGAGCUGAGGAAUAUUGGCUUCAUUGUGUACUCAAUUGGUAAGCCAUUGGAUGCUUGGCUCAAGGACAUGCCUGCUGUUGCAUGAGGAGGAUACCGAUCGGAUUUAUUUUGGUUUGUUCAGUUCAUCAUAGUUUGUCUUCUUGAUUUGAUUAUUUACUGUGGACCAAUGUAAUUCCCUGUGCCAUGUUUUUGGUUUUUAUGAAUUAAAUUCAUUAAAAGAGUCAAAUAAAUGAAGUUUUUCUUAUACCAA